AUGUUUGUAGGGCUGUUGGAGCUGGCUUGCCCAAGGCGACCAGUGAUCAUGCACAUUCGGGGGUGGGGCACUUACUCUUGUGAGGCUAGUGCAAUUGCCAUCCGUCUCAUGCAGGAAAACGCAAUUCCGACUCAGAUACACAAUCACUGUUUUACGGGAACCAUCGACCAGGUUCUUAGUGGGUCCGCCGCAUACCAUCGUUUCUACUUUAGCAGCUCAGGCCAGAAUGCGCGCUUCUAUGAAGUGCAAAAGUCAGCAGUGAAAUGGAUUCCAGCCGACCGACUGCUCAUUGAGAUCGACUCUCCGUACCUGCGAGUGCGGAGUAAGAGAGAUAAUACUACGGCGUGCGUGGUGGAGGCUGCUAAUACUGUGAUACAGGCACGAAAUGUGACCACCGGAGAUAUAUUGCACACUACUGCUGAGAACGGCCUGUUUAUCCUGUAG